UACGACAAAUCCCUGUUGGCAGAGUGUCUGCGUAUGAUUCAGGAUCGUCAUGCAACUCUCUGGGCCUAUGUGGUUGGCGGUGGUUGCAGUGCCAGAGAGGAAAAGGACACGGAAAGAAGGGGAGGUCCUCGCUGUGGCGUUCGGUCAUUGCCAACACCCUCUCAAAAGGCAGCUGCAGUAGCGGCUGCCACCUCACGGUGA